AUAAACGUAGUUUUAGCGCCGUAGUCGCUUGGCAAACACUCCGCCAAGUGUGUUUCAGUUUCUAUUGUCAGAACGAUACAUUUUUGUUCUUGUGUAAACACGGUAGUAUUCCUACAGCGACAUGAAUUGUGUCGAUCGGUAUCUUCUUUGCUUAGCCAUAUCGUGCAGUUUUCUGUUUUAUAAUGCACAAUUACUGGAGAGUGCGCCUCUGAUCGGUGGCGAGAAGGCCAGCUCCAGUGCCGAGGAGAUCAGGUACCUGGUAUCCUUGCAGACUCGGGACACCGAGCACUUUUGCGGCGGGAGUAUAAUCGGUGACCGAUUCAUCCUCACGGCAGCUCACUGCGUCGUCGACGGUGGCAACGAGUUCGAGGACAAACCGAUCCGCAUCGUGGCUGGGACUAACGAUCUACGGGACGAGGACAGGGAGCCACUCGUCAUCGACGUCGAAAAAAUCUAUGUGCCCGGAAACUAUAACGAUUCCGAGUGGGCGACGUCCAUACCGUCGAGCGACAUUGCUGUGCUGAAGUUGAAUCAGAGCUUGAAUCUGCGCUACAAUCCACGAUUGAAGAAGCUACGCCUACCUCGUCUAAACCGUCGUCACAAGGGCAACUACCGAUCUUACGAGGGCGAGGACUGUGUGAUAGCCGGUUUUGGCUGGAACAAGGUCAAAGUAAAGACCCACCGCAAGAACAAAACCGAGUACGAGGUCGGCUCGUCAACGGAUCGGUUGUUCCGUGCCAGCGCCAAAGUGAUCGGUAACGCCGAGUGCCAGGACUACUACGUCAAUCCGAUCGGCGAUAGCGAACUCUGUGCCAGAGUCGACGAACACAACGACGACACGCCUCAGGGAGUCUGUCGAGGGGACAGCGGUGGACCUUUGGUGUACAAGUCUAAUACGAUAAUUGGCGUCGUCAGUGGGAUCUCUAUUGGGUGUAAUGAGAACAACGAGCCCGGGAUUUACUGCAGAGUCUCGGCUUACAUUGAGUUUAUUAAAAACGCGAUGAAGGAUGUUACCGAUGGCAUGCGCGUUAAGACAUUUGAGGAUUGAAAUGUUAAAAUUUUUUGUAGAAUUCUGUUAUAGAUUUGAUAAUACAACUAAGAUAACGAUUUGAUAA